UUGAUCCAUGUACACAAGAGCAGGCAUCCGGUGUAGGCUCUGCGCAACUAACUCGUUUUUACUUCAACAAACAGAUGAAACUGUGUGAAGAGUUCGUCUAUUUUGGAGCUGGCGGGAAUCGAAAUAACUUCCUCACAUUGGAGGAAUGUCAGGCGCAAUGUCCAGGUUGUGAUAUGCACAUCGAAUUGGCUAAUGCACUUCUUGAAUCACCAAAUCCCUGUGCAGUUUCCACUGGAUCAUCUGUCCUGAUCCCUUGCACACCCGGAGUGAACACAUGUGGAGCCGGGAACUUCUGCCAUGUUGGCGCCACACCACAAACGACGGCAUGCUGUCCUAAACCAGCUCCGAUCGAUCGAUGCCAACAACCGCUAAACCUCGGAGUUGGUAACGCAAACCUUCAGCGAUGGUACUUUAAUCCGCUAACGCAGCAAUGCCAGCAAUGCAUUUACCGUGGUCUGCAAGGCAACGAAAACAACUUCCUCUCAAGACAAGAAUGCGAGAACUCCUGUCUUAUUAACCCAUGCAAAAUUGGAGCUCCAUACCGCUCCCAAGGAGUAAUUGUGCAGUGCUCACCAGCGAAUCCUGGGGUAUGCCCAGCGGGUCACUAUUGUCACUAUGGAGCAGACUCUACAACCACCGUUUGUUGCCAGGCUGUUGAAACCAAACUCCUACAUUUGAGGUUCAAAUACUUUACAACAGGUAGCAAUCCAUGUGCUGAACCAUUCACAAAAGGAGAAGGCGAGGGAGCUCUGACGCGCUUCUACUACGAUGCCCUUCAACGGAGGUGCCUUGCCUUCAACUACUUCGGUGCAAAGGGAAAUCAGAACAAUUUCCUGACACGCAAGGCUUGUGAGGAUGCAUGCCCAAUAUGGCUGAAUCCGUGUGCUGUCGGCCAACCCAUCCUAACCUCCGAUCAGCGUCCCUACAGAUGUCAUCAAGGAGCUACCUGUUCCGCAGGCUACUACUGUCAUAUUGGUUUCGAUGAGACCACCACAGCUUGUUGCCCUUCUCAGGGUGAUCCCUGUAGUCUAAUAGUUAAGGAGGGCAAAGGAACGCAGAGCAUUCAAAGGUGGUUCUACAAUCAAAAGACACGUCAAUGUCAACCAUUCACCUAUCAUGGAAUGGGCGGAAACGAGAACAAUUUCCUUCUAAGAGAACACUGCGAAUCAACGUGUCCCGUUUGGGUUAACGCUUGCCCACAAGGAGAAGCGUAUCUUCUUGCUUCAGGACGCCCUCAACAAUGUGAUCCAACAAAUGAGGAUACAUGUCCCUUGACGCAUUGGUGUCAUCCAGUUGGAUUUGAAACUUUUGCUUUAAGAAAUAAGAAGGCAUUUCAAGGACCCGAUAUGACGACAACAAUGACCCGAUAUGACGACAACAAUGUGUUGCCCUGGUCGUGUUGAUC